GUACUGAUAUGGAUGGAUUCUAAUCUUAUGUGUGAAGGAUUUCAGAAUCCUAUAGCAUAUGAGGAGAAUGGAAAGUAGUCUCAAACCCUAACAACCACCUACGUUUGAUUUUCUUGUUUUGAUCUUGUAUGGUCCUCUGAUGCAUGUCAAAUGAGAAAGAAGAUUGAGCUAUGGAUGAAAACAAGAAGUGGAUGCAUAAGGAAACUGAAAGACAAAGAAGGCAAGAGAUGGGAAAACUCUGCAACAACCUCAGAUCGCUUCUGCCUUUAGAAUAUAUUAAGGGAAAGCGUUCAACCUCAGAUCAUGUGCAUGAGGCUAUGAAUUACAUCAACCACCUUCAAGAUAAGGUAAAGCAAUUGCAAGAAAAGAGGGAUGCGUUGUUGAAGGUGUCUAAUAAUUUGAGCAGCAUUGUUCCUGAGAAUGAAAGCUCUUGUGUCACUCAUCUUCCACCUUUGGUUUUUGUUCACCCUUUCCCUGGGGGCAUUGAGAUUAUUUGCAGUCAUAGCUUCAAGAAAAGUGUGUUUCCCAUGUCAAGAUUAUUGGACAUUCUGCAUAAAGAAGGACUUGACGUGGUCAACACUACUUCCAUCAGAAGAAAUGGUAGAUUCAUACAUACCAUACAAUCAGAGGAUCCCAAUCAUUCUAAUAUGGUUGACACUGAUUACUCUGAACUGCAAAUAAAGAUUAUGGAGGCAUUAUCAUCUUCAAGUUUGCAAGAGACUUUGCCUGUACCUGAAAAUUGCUAAUAUCUUGGGAAAAAUUAAUAUAUUAUUCAUUCGGAUGUUUCUUAUUGCAUAUACCCUUAACUUGAGUGAUUUGUACAGCAGUGAACUUGUUAAAAGUUGUACUUUAUUGGUGCAGUAUGAAGGGUAGCUAGUUGACGAUUCAAUUUCAUGAAGGUCACAAACAUGGAUAGAGUUUAUAAUGAUGUUCAAUGUUUCUCAUUUAACUCUUACAAUUGUCAUUUUUUAACUCCCAAAUCAAAUUCUUUAAACAUGGGGCAGUAUUACUUAACAUGGUUUUAAUUAAGAGCCUGUCACUGCAUUCAUAAUGUCAAGGUUUUUAUGGCUUUAUAAACUUUCACUCUAUCAAAGGUUGUGAUAAAACUUUCAACAACUACAGUUUAAAACCUUGCUAUUUUCUUCUGCAUCAAUACAGCAAUCAAGUAUUAGAAUUCUUCGUUUCUUUCACUUCAGUUCCAACAAUAUCAGAGAGUGAUAGUUUAGACAAUUUGAAUUUGGUUUCAAUUUUUGUAACAAUUAUAUUGUUCUUCGUAGUCUCUUUUUCUAUCAGCUGGUAUACAAAAAACACUUUGAUCUUUAAGGGAAAUGAAGAGAGCGUGCCAGAUUCUACACUAUUUUUUCAAUAGAAUUGAUAACUUCAUAUAUAUAUCUACACACCAAUAACUAGUACAAGUGAUAAUGGACACAUGAAUAUUAGUGAUGCAUCAUGAGAAACAGAUAAAACACAAUGUACUAAAGGGCCAUAAUAUUGAAAGAAAAAUUGUUUUCAAGGUAUAGCUAGUAAAUUAAAUGUAUUAUUGAAGUGUUACUAAUAAUAUUUUGAGAAUACGGACGCAGGUGAACUUCAUAGUACUUAAUUAGUAAGGAAAAACA